AUGCCCAAUGUGGGAUGUGGUCUCAAGCGGAAGAGCACUGGAAGACGGAAGACAGCACCACGUAUUGGGGACCUAUUCCUCGGCCAAAAAUACGUCAACUUUAGCCACAUAGAGAGGCAGGCAUUAGCUGAUGGCGGUAUGCAAGGCAAAGCUCCCGAGGAAUUGGAGAAUCUGGCCGACGAGAAAAACCGUGAUUGCAUGAGCGUGGUCCAAAUGCAAUUUGCCACCUGCUGUAAGAAUGAUUCAAGGUUAUCGAAUACACAAAAAAUUUGGUAG